GGGUGCCGUAGCCUCUGCCCUUCCCCCUCCCCGCGAUUCCGUGACUCUCUCAACCCCCGGUGUUGGGCGGCGGCAGCGCGCGGGCAAAAAGUGCUGUGUCAUGGCGGGAGGCGGCGGCGGCUGCCGCAAAAUGGCGGCGGUGAUGCAUUGCAGGGGCGCCGUCGCCCGCCGGGUUACCGGGAUAACGGGGGCCAAGAGGCAGCCGGGUGCCCCGUUCUCACUCGGGCCGCCUCGAGCGCCAGCGGCGGGGGAGGUGAGGGAGAAGCGCCCAAAAUGGCACCGUGGCGUCGAGGGCCGGUUGGUUCCUCCCUUCCCUCUUCCUCCCCCCUCCUCCCGCCCCGGACCUCGCCUCGGCUGAGGCGCCGGAGGGGAACGGCAGGAGCAGCCGGUGCGGCGGAGCGGCAGCCCCGCGGGACGAGGCCGGUCGCCCGUGGGUGCGGGCAGGUCCCCUGCGCUGCGCGGCGGCCUCGCGGGAUGUCGCCCGCGCGGGGAGAGGGGGAGGGUGUUUGAGGCGCGUGAAAACGGUGGUGCGUGAGGCGAGCACGGUGCCGGCGGGCGGGGGUGGCGAGGGACGCGCCGCUGCCGCCCGGGCCGCUCCGGUAACGGCCCGUUGGGGCCCGGUGAGGCGUUGAGGGGCUGCUAAACGGCGGGGCAGGGCGCCGUGGGGCGAACCCCUCCGUCUCGUAGGCCCCGUGUCCCGGUUUCCCGGUAGGCGUGUGUGUGUGUGUGGGGGGGGGGGUGUUAUUGCGGCCCGGGAACGGCGCCGGGGGCCGCCCGGGAGCGCCGGGCUCAUUGUCCGCCCUGCACCCGGCGGCUGCACAAAAUGGCGCCUCCCUGCCCGUCCCCUCCCCCGCUACCGCGGCGAGCAGGACAACAACAACCAACGGCCAGUUCCAACCGCCGGCGCCGCCCCCACGUGACCCGCCAGCCAAUCGGCGCGCAACGAAUGGCAGCGCCGGCCAAUGGCAACCCGCGCAGCCUGUUCCGUCGGCUCGGGCGCCUGGCGGAAGGGCGGGGGAGAGUGGCGCGAAUGAGUGGCGCGCGCGGCGUCCAGUGAGAACGCCGCGCCGGGCUUGCCUCCGCCCAAUGAGGCCGCGGCUGGGCGGGCCGGGGCGGGUGGGUGAUGUCAGCGUCGCAGCCGCCCAAUGAGGGGUCGGCUGGUGUCUAUAUAAGGGCGGCCGGGGGCAGGCCGAGAGGCGCCAUUUCGCUGGGACGAAGGACGGAGCGGGUCGGGCCCGGUACGCGCGCGGGGGGCGGCCCCAAACCGGAUCCAUCCUCCGCCGGGCGGCCCCAGCCCCCGCCUCCGCGCUCCCGGAGGGCUCGCCGGACCCUCCCCGGCCUCCGUAGCGACCCCUGCCUGCGGCCAGCGGCGAGGAGCAGCGGGGAGGGGGGCGCCCUCCUCCGUCUCCCGCCUUCCUCCUCCCCCCCUCCCCUCAGGGAGCCAAGAUGGAGCCCGGCCCGUGAUUCCCGGUACAAUCCGGUGUCAUCCGUCUCCCGGAUCGCCGCGGCCCGCCCGAUUCCCGGCCUUCACGGACGCAGCCGGCGCCGAGGGACGCGGCGAGCCCUAUAUUGACCGCACCGCCGCUGGAUUUGGGGCCCAGCGGGGGCUCCGAAGAGGCCGCCCCCCUUCCCCAGGGCGCUCCCCGCCCCGCCGCCAUUUUCUCAUGUGAAACCCGGUGGAUGGUCCCGGGCCGCCGCUCACCGCCGUCGUCGCCGCCGUCUCCUCGCCCGGCUGGAGCCGCCGCGCCGUGCAUGGGCCCCGCGCCCCUCGCCUGACGCCUCCGCCGCCUGCCUGGUCGCUCCCCUGCCCGGCGGAGGGGAGGGGGUGCCAGCUCCGUGCUCCCCCUCCCCGGUGCCCGCUGCCGCUCGGUGAUGCCCGGCCGCGGGCCGCCAGCGGCUCGUUAACGGAGCGGCGGAGCGGAGCGCCGCGUCGGGGCAGGGGGAGAGGAACGGAGGGAGAGGGCAUGUGCCGCUGAAAGCCGCCAGCCUCGCCGGGCAAAGUGGGGGGGUCGUCGGAGGACACGGCGGCGGGAGGAGGACGGCCGGCGCAGCGGGCCUGGCACGCAGCAGCCGGCAUGUUGCAGAAUGUGAAUCCCCAGAACAAGAUUCUGGGGGAGGGCAAUGCUGGGCUCAUGGGCCUGGCCGCGGAGUCGACUCCCGGCAAGCGGAUCCGCAAGCCGUCGCUGCUCUACGAGGGCUUCGAGAGCCCCACCAUGGCGUCGGUGCCAGCCCUGCAGUCCCCCCAGGUGAACCCACCCCCGCCGGAGGUUUCCAACCCCAAGAAGCCCGGUCGGGUCACCAACCAGCUGCAGUAUCUGCACAAAGUGGUGAUGAAGGCCCUGUGGAAGCACCAGUUUGCCUGGCCGUUCCGCCAGCCCGUCGACGCUGUCAAGCUGGGCCUGCCGGUAAUGAGCCCUGCAGGGUGGGUGUGGGAGAAGAGGCGUCUGGGGGCAUGCGACUACCACAAAAUCAUCAAGCAGCCCAUGGACAUGGGGACGAUCAAGCGGCGCUUGGAAAACAACUAUUAUUGGGGGGCCGCGGAGUGCAUGCAGGACUUCAACACCAUGUUCACCAACUGCUACAUCUACAACAAGCCCACAGAUGACAUCGUGCUGAUGGCUCAGACGCUGGAGAAGAUCUUCCUGCAGAAGGUGGCUCAGAUGCCUCCAGAGGAGCAGGAGAUAGUGGUCCCAGUGGCCAAGAACAGCCAUAAGAAGGGGGCGUCCCGGGCGGCAGCUCUCCUGGCGGGACUCACGGCCGCUCAGCAGGUGCCGGCCGUCUCCUCGGUGUCCCACGCUGCGGUCUACGCCCCGAGCCCCGAGAUCCCCACCACCAUAGUCAACAUCCCCCACCCAUCCGUGAUCUCCGCUCCGCUCCUAAAGUCGCUGCACUCCACCGCCCCGGCGGCCGUGCUGGCUGCGCCCGCUCCCACCCAGCCAGUGGCCAAGAAGAAAGGUGUGAAGCGGAAAGCGGACACCACCACCCCCACCACCACGGCCAUCAUCGCCACCAGCGGCGAGUCGUCGCCUUCCGCCACCCUGCUGGAGGCCAAAGCGGCCAAAAUCCCCGCGCGGCGGGAGAGCGGCCGCCCCAUCAAACCCCCCAAGAAGGACUUGCCGGAUUCGCAGCAGCAUCAGACGUCCAAGAAGGGCAAACUGUCGGAGCAGCUCAAAUAUUGCAACGGGAUCCUCAAGGAGCUGCUCUCCAAGAAGCACGCGGCUUACGCGUGGCCUUUCUAUAAGCCUGUCGACGCCUCGGCCUUGGGGCUGCACGACUACCACGAAAUCAUCAAGCACCCCAUGGACCUCAGCACCAUCAAGCGGAAGAUGGAGAACCGGGACUACCACGACGCGCAGGAGUUCGCCGCCGACGUCCGGUUAAUGUUCUCCAACUGCUACAAGUACAACCCGCCCGACCACGACGUGGUGGCCAUGGCCCGCAAGCUGCAGGACGUCUUCGAGUUCAGCUACGCCAAGAUGCCCGACGAGCCGCAGGACGCCAGCCCGCCCUCGGUGUCGGCCCCGCUGCCCGGCGCCCUCUCCAAAUCCUCCUCCGAGGAGUCCUCCAGCGACGACGAGGAGGACGACGACGAGGACGAAGACGACGACGAGGACGAGAGCAGCAGCGAGAGCUCGUCGGAGAGCGAGGAGAGCUCCGACUCGGAGGAGGAGCGCGCCAACCGCCUGGCCGAGCUGCAGGAGCAGCUGCGGGCCGUGCACGAGCAGCUGGCUGCCCUCUCGCAGGGCCCUGUUUCCAAGCCCAAGAAAAAACGGGAGAAGAAGAAAAAGAAGAAGUCGGAGAAGCACAAAGGCCGGGGAGGAGGCGGCGGCGGCGGCGACGACGAGGCCCGGGCGCGCCAGGCCCAGCUCCGCAAGGCCAAGAAGGCCGGAGGUGGCGGAGGGACCAGCGGGGGCAGCAGCGGGGGCAGCUCCAAGAAUUCGAAGAAGGCGGCGAAGGCGGCGCUGCCGCCGCCGCCGCCGGCGCUCUACGACUCGGAGGAGGAGGAGGAGAGCAAACCCAUGACGUACGACGAGAAGCGCCAGCUCAGCCUGGACAUCAACAAGCUGCCGGGCGAGAAGCUGGGCCGCGUGGUGCACAUCAUCCAGUCGCGGGAGCCUUCGCUGCGCGACUCGAACCCCGAGGAGAUCGAGAUCGACUUCGAGACCCUCAAGCCCUCGACGCUGCGGGAGCUGGAGCGCUACGUGCUGUCCUGCCUGCGGAAGAAGCCGCGCAAGCCCUACAGCGAAACCAUGAAGAAGCCGGUAGGGAAGACGAAAGAGGAGCUGGCGCUGGAGAAGAAGCGGGAACUGGAGAAGCGGCUGCAGGACGUCAGCGGUCAGCUCAACUCGGCCAAGAAGCCGCCGAAGAAGGCCAGCGAGAAGCCCGAGUCGGCUCAGCAAGUGGCCGUGUCGCGGCUCAGCGCCUCGAGCUCCAGCUCCGACUCGAGCAGCUCGAGCUCCAGCUCGUCGUCCUCGGACACAAGUGACUCGGAUUCGGGCUAAGGGUGGAGGGGGAGGGGCGGGGGGGGCAUGGCGGGGG